CUCGUCUGGCCUUGGCUCCUCUCACGGCCGGCGCCGCCUUGGUCGCGUGCAGAGCUGGCCGUUAGCGAUGCAACGGCCGUGGAUGGCAGCCAACUUCCACCUGCUACCCGUCGGUCGAUGCGACUUGCUUCAAGGAGCAGCGGAGGCUGUCUUCGCCUCGUCAAAGUCGGCGUGCUGCUCAAGCGGUGGACAGGCCGCUGUACUUCUCGCCUCGCCCAGUCCAGAGCCGAGAGGCAAGCAAACGAUGCAACCAGCUCGCCCAGCGGCCUGCGCUGUCAAGGGGCCCGCAUCGGGCCCGCUUCCUCUCGUCUCUGCCCAAGCCCGCCCCUGCGGCGCUGCGACCUGCGGCCUGCGACCUGCGACCUGCGUGCUCGGAGCGCGGCAACGGAGGCGAGAGACCCUUGCUUACUCCGCAUCUGCCAUGCUAGAAGAGCACAGAGUCGGUGACCGACGCCUCGCUUGGGAUUGGGAGCUGCCUACGACUUGGCCUCGUCGUUCGAGCCUUCUGCCUGAGCACCUGCCUCCUCAAGAUGAUCGGCCGAGGCGUGACACCUUCUCCACGCCCAUAUCCUGCCUCGCGACGGCACCAGAAUCGCAGCCGGCAGCUGCGUCUGUGUUGCAUCUCACCCCUCGCAAAGCAGCUCGUCGUCUCGCUCUGAAGGCGCACCUCCGCCCUCCCCACCUCCCAUCACCGCCUCUCCGUCCGGUCGGGGCGGGGCGCAGGAAAGCUGCCAGCCGCAUGCUGCUCCAUCAAAGCAGGCGGCUCGUGCGCAUUUGACACUCGACUCGCCGGCGGCCCAGCGGCAGUCGCAGCGAGGGGAGGGAUGUGCGCGUCGGGCACGGCACGGCGACUCUCCCUGCGCCGCGCGUCUUGCUUUCCCCGCCUUCAAAUCCUCGCCGGCAGGCGUCGAGUCAGCGCCUCUGCGCCUCACGAGCGCGCUUUCGCCGAUGCGGCCGCAG